GUAGUUACGGCCAAAUAAUUGCAACGCAAGAACGAAUAAAUAAAUAAAUACAUAAAUAAAAUACCGAGCUUCUGCCCCUUUAACACCCGUCCUAAGCACACUUCCCAUCCCAACCCCCGCAAACCUCAGUAGCAAUAAACCAAGACCUGCGACUUUCCCUUGUGGUGCUGAUGCGAUAGCUUCUGUAGCUCAAGAAACUGUAGAUCCAGGGCAGAUUUACCACCCUGUCUCCCUUUCAAUAAACUGGAAUUAGUGGGCAAAAGGGAAAAAAAGUACCAGACGCAGCAAGUAGCGUCCUACGUGCUUUAUCUUUGUGGCUGUGACGUGAUAUUGCAGACCCAGUCCUGAAGCUGAGAGAACAAGCGAGCCAGAGAGCGGUUUCCUAUCUCACUCAGCAUUCAAACAUCUUCCCUCCAUGGCAUCAGCCAAGGAUUUUUUUUUCGAUCUGCUGCCUGUCUCUGUCUCUGGAAAGACACGCGGAUAGAAAACAAGGAAGGAAAGAAGACACAUUUAUUUGCUUGCAUAUAUAUUUUAAAAUAUAUAAUUAUAUAUUCUUCAGCCGAUUUGUUUAUCUCUUUUAAUUACUUUAAUUGAAGGCACCCGAAAUCCUUUUUCCCUGUAAUAAAAUGUGGACAUUUGGUUCUGUUUUGGUGGAAGAAGCAAGGGAAAUGAUCCAGACUGGAAAUUAAUAGCGACCCCCCCCCCUCCCCCCCUUUUAACUCAUCGUUUUUUUUUUGUUUUGUUUUGUUUUUUUGAACUGGACUUUUACUGUGGGCAAUGGGAAGUGAUUAUUUUAAAGAAGGCAGCUGGUUUUGAUGUUAUAACGAGAGCAUGUGUGCUAGUAUGUUUGAAAAAUAGCCACUGCUUCCGGAGUGUAAGGCCAAAUGACAAAGGAUGAGGGCUAUUCGUAACCUGCUGAUUUAUAUAUUUUCCACCUAUCUCCUUGUUAUGUUUGGAUUUAUUGGUGCACAAGACUUCUGGUGUUCCACUUUGGUCAAGGGAGUAAUUUAUGGAUCUUACUCUGUAAAUGAAAUGUUUCCGAAAAACUUUACAAACUGCACUUGGACGUUGGAAAACCCAGAUCCUACCAAAUACAGCAUCUACCUGAAAUUUGACAAACGUGACCUAAACUGUUCUAACUUUUCUCUGUUGGCUUAUCAGUUUGAUCAUUACUCUCACGAAAAGAUCAACGAUUUGUUGAGGAGCAACGAAUCCAUCGUUUACCUGUGUGAUUCAAAGAGCAGCUACAUAUUCUUGCAGCACGACAAAAAUUUUGUGCAGCUCCGGCGGGUCUACCCUUAUGAUUUCCCUGGAUUGAUACAGAAGAAAGAAGACGAUCAAAAGUCUGUUUUGGAGUUUUUAGUUCUAAACAAGGUCAGCCCUAGCCAGUUUGGCUGUCAGGUGUUGUGCACAUGGUUGGAGACAUGUUUGAAAGCUGAAAAGGGGACUGUAGAAUCGUGUGGGAUAGUGUAUACAAAAUGCAGCUGCCCUCAGCAUUUGGGAGAUGGAGAGUUAGAAAACGUAUUUCUGCUUAAUAACGUGGUGUUGCCUCUGAACGCUCAAACAGAGGGAUGUCUAACCGCACAGCUCAGGACUGCGCAGGUUUGCAACCUCAGUGCCGAAGUCAAACGACCACCAAAAGAGGAAUUUGGAAUGAUGGGAGAGCAUACAAUAAAAAGUCAGCGGCCACGAUCAGUUCAUGAGAAAAGGGUCCCUCAGGAGCAAGCUGAUGCUGCUAAAUUUAUGGCACAAACUGGUGACUCUGGCACAGAAGACUGGUCCCAGUGGAGUUCAUGUUCAGUUACAUGUGGUCAAGGGUCGCAGGUGCGAACCAGAGCUUGUGUAUCACCUUACGGGACACACUGCAGCGGCCCUUUAAGAGAAUCGAGGGUUUGCAAUAACACUGCCCUCUGUCCAGUGCAUGGCUCGUGGGAGGAAUGGUCACCCUGGAGUUUGUGUUCAUUUACAUGUGGUAGAGGGCAAAGGACAAGAACAAGGACAUGUGUUUCGCCACAGUAUGGGGGUAGAGCUUGUGAUGGACCAGAAACACAAACAAAAUUGUGCAACAUAGCCCUGUGUCCAGUUGAUGGACAGUGGCAGGAGUGGAGUGCGUGGAGCGAGUGCUCAGUGACAUGUUCCAACGGGACCCAGCAGCGCACCAGGCAGUGUUCUGCAGCAGCUCACGGGGGCUCUGAAUGCCGCGGACACUGGGCGGAGAGCAGAGAGUGCUAUAACCCGGACUGCACUGCCAAUGGACAGUGGAAUCCUUGGGGGCACUGGAGUGGAUGUUCGAAGUCGUGCGAUGGGGGCUGGCAGAGGCGGAUUAGGGUUUGUCAGGGCGUGGCUAUUACUGGACAACAGUGUGAAGGAACUGGUGAAGACGUCCGCAAAUGCAGUGAGAAGCGUUGCCCAGCACCGUACGAGAUAUGUCCUGAAGACUACGCUUUGGCAAUGGUAUGGAGAAGAACACCAUCGGGUGACCUGGCAUUCAAUAGGUGCCCACCGAAUGCAACAGGUACCACUAGUAGACGCUGCUCUCUUGAUCUUCACGGAGUGGCCUACUGGGAACAGCCAAGCUACGCCAGAUGCAUAACAGAUGAAUACAGACACUUACAGCAUUCAGUUAAAGAUCACCUUGCCAAAGGACAGAGGACUUUGGCAGGAGAUGGGAUGUCUCAGGUGACCAAAACUCUUUUGGAUUUAACCCAGAGAAAAAACUUUUAUGCUGGGGAUCUGCUAGCCUCUGUGGAAGUUCUCAGAAAUGUUACUGAUACAUUUAAAAGAGCAAGUUAUGUCCCAUCUUCUGAUGAUGUACAAAACUUUUUCCAAAUAAUCAGUAAUCUUCUGGAGGAAGAAAACAGGGAAAAGUGGAAAGAUGCACAACAGAUCUACCCAGGUUCAGUGGAGCUAAUGAUGGUAAUUGAAGAUUUCAUACACAUCGUGGGGCUGGGGAUGAAGGACUUUCACAACUCCUAUCUGAUGACUGGAAACCUGGUGGCUAGCAUUCAGAAACUUCCAGCAGCAUCUGUUUUGACCGACAUUAACUUCCCCAUGAAAGGCAGGAAAGGCAUGGUUGACUGGGCAAGAAAUUCUGAAGAUAAGGUGGUUAUUCCAAAGGGACUCUUCACACCUCCAUCAACAGAUCUAGAUGAAUCCUCUGUGUUCAUUCUUGGAACUGUGCUGUACAAAAAUCUGGGACUUAUUUUACCAUCCCCAAGAAACCAUACAGUUGUGAAUUCCAAGAUCAUUGCUGUUACUGUGAGACCUGAACCUAGAAUUGCUGAAUCCCUUCUGGAGAUAGAGUUAGCUCAUCUGGCUAAUGGAUCUAUGAAUCCUUACUGUGCACUUUGGGAUACCAACAUAAUGAACGAUUCUUGGGGAUUCUGGUCCACCAAGGGAUGUAAAACUGUGCUUACCGAUGCAUCCCAUACGAAAUGCUUAUGUGAUCGUCUAUCUACCUUCGCCAUUUUGGCUCAGCAACCAAGAGAAAUAAGCAUGGAGUACUCAGGCAUCCCUUCAAUUACAUUAAUAGUAGGCUGUGGCCUGUCUUGUCUGGCGUUGAUCACCCUCACAGUGGUGUAUGCAGUGCUAUGGAGGUAUAUAAGAUCAGAAAGAUCAAUAAUACUAAUAAACUUCUGCUUGUCAAUCAUCUGCUCAAAUAUCCUGAUACUGGUUGGACAGACCCAAACACAAAAUCCGGGUGUCUGUACAAUGACCACAGCGUUUUUACACUUCUUCUUCUUGGCUUCAUUCUGCUGGGUUUUGACAGAAGCUUGGCAGUCUUACAUGGCUGUUACUGGGAAGGUCCGGACAAGGCUAAUAAGGAAGCGUUUCUUGUGCCUUGGAUGGGGAUUACCAGCAUUAGUUGUUGCUAUUUCCAUGGGAUUUACAAAGGCCAAAGGCUAUGGAACACCUCAGUACUGCUGGCUGUCUCUUGAAGGAGGACUUUUAUAUGCCUUUGUUGGACCCGCAGCUGCUGUUGUCCUGGUCAACAUGGUGAUAGGCAUUCUGGUUUUCAAUAAACUUGUAUCCAGAGACGGGAUCUUAGAUAAAAAAUUGAAACACAGAGCAGGGCAGAUGAGCGAGCCCCAUGCAGGUUUAACAUUAAAGUGUGCCAAAUGCGGAGUUGUUUCAACAACAGCUUUAUCUGCUACUACUGCCAGCAACGCCAUGGCAUCCCUGUGGAGUUCGUGUGUGGUGUUGCCGCUCCUCGCGCUAACCUGGAUGUCAGCAGUCCUGGCAAUGACAGAUAAACGAUCCAUACUGUUUCAGAUACUCUUUGCAGUGUUUGAUUCAUUACAAGGAUUUGUUAUCGUCAUGGUCCACUGUAUCCUCAGAAAAGAGGUCCAAGAUGCAUUCAGAUGCAGACUAAGGAACUGUCAAGAUCCAAUCAAUGCUGAUACAGCUGGUACUUUUCCCAAUGGGCAUGCGCAGAUCAUGACAGACUUUGAAAAAGAUGUGGACAUUGCUUGUCGAUCAGUUCUCCACAAAGAUCUGGGACCAUGCAGGGCUGCCACAAUAACAGGAACACUCUCCAGGAUUUCUUUGAAUGAUGAUGAAGAUGAAAAGGGUCCAGAAGGCAUGAGCUAUUCAAACUUGCCGGGAAACUUCAUCUCCAAAGUUCUCAUCCAGCAACCAUCAGGACUUCAUAUGCCCAUUGGUAUGAACGAACGGACUGACCAGUGCAUCAACGAUAGCAGCAGCGAUUUGAGACGAACUGUUUAUCUAUGCACUGACGAUAACCUGAGGGCAGGAGACGCAGAGCUGAUGCAUCCACAAGGCCAGAUGAUGGAGAGUGACUACAUUGUGAUGCCAAGAGGCUCAGCAAAUGCUCAGUCUCUGAUGAAAGAUGAAAGCAAAUUAAAUAUUGGCAUGGACACUUUACCACACGAAAGGUUAAUGCAUUAUAAAGUGAAUCCCGAAUUCAAUAUUAAUGCUCCUGUAAUGGAUCAUAUUAAUAUGAAUUUAAAUCAGCAAUUUGCUGCACAGGAACAAAUGCAAAACAUACAGUUUGAACCGCGAACAGCAGUAAAAAACUUUCUUGCAGAAAUGGAAGAAAAUGCAGGCUUAUCAAGAAGCGAAACUGGAUCUACAAUAUCCAUGAGUUCUUUGGAGAGAAGAAAGUCACGCUAUUCUGACUUGGACUUUGAAAAAGUAAUGCACACAAGAAAACGGCACAUGGAGCUGUUCCAGGAACUCAAUCAGAAAUUUCAAACUUUGGACCGAUUUCAAGAUAUACCAAAUAUGGGCAGUAUGAGUGGAAAAUCAUGGACCUUAUCUUCUGGGCAUAGGCGAGGGCAUCUAAGUGAAAAGGCAACGCCAAACAAGAAUCCAUGGGAUAGUUACAGUACCCCUUGUGAAUAUCAGAAUUACGCUACAAUGAAUGCAUUAGAGACAGAUGCAAAGGAUUCAUUAGAAAUGACACCUGCAGAAUGGGAAAAGUGUAUUAGCUUACCUUUAGAUGUCCAAGAAGGAGAUUUUCAAACAGAGGUUUAAGAGACCAGUUUGCUUGCACUGACAACAUGAAAGACUUUUUGCAGCCUGACAUACAUAUCUGGACUUUAUAAGUGUGGCAGGGACAUAAUGUGCCAAUAAGUAAAGGUCAGUGUUUUCAUGUAUUCUCACUGAUGUACUUAGUGAGACAACCAGGUGUACAAUAAUUACCAUCAUGUUUUUAAGUACCUGUGGAAUGAGUUGGUAAGGUAAUCUUUCUAGAUAAAACCUCAAGCAAUGGUUCAUGUUGUAACAGCUUCAUUGGGUUUAGUUUUUCAGGAACUUCACCCUGAAGCACAAUGUAUAUAUUUAUGCAGGUUUUUAAAGUUUAUAACAGUCUGUUUGGCCAUUACUAUACUUUUUACUUUAUAAUAUAAAAAGCAACGUUUUUUCUGUCAUUUAAAUGAAUGUUUGUUGAGCUACAUUCUUCAUUGCUGUAAAUGCAAUAAAGGUAAUACUCACUUUUAUAUGAAUAAUAUAUUUCACAUCUUUAUUACUGUAGGCUUCACUCGAAAGCUUCAAUUAGCUUUCUUGACUGCAGUCCUGUAUAAAAUAUUUAAAAUGUUGUAUGGUGUAAAUAAACUUUUGUCUAUAUAUGUUUUACUUGUGCCAUUUAUUUUAGACACAUUUAAGACCAGAGAAAGUAUAAAGAAAAUGUUCACAUUGAAAAAGAAAUGUAAAUAAAAAGAAAAGCUAA